AUGUCGCUUCCCGUCAGCGAAGACAGGCCGUACCGUCAAGCCUCCAAUUCGUGCAAGCGUUUGUACGAGGAAAUGAUCGCGUGCUACCAGAAGUCUCCGUGCAUGAACAGCGGCGAGUUCACCUUCGAACAGUGUCGCCACAGCGAGGACCCUCGCCACGUCACCCCGCAGUGCAUCACGCUUCGGAAGGCGUACGGCCAGUGUCGAAGAAAUCUUCUGAAUCCGCAGCUGCGGCUGAGAGGGAAUAUGAUCGGCUCUUGA